AUGGAGGGAGCGAGUCUGGGAGAGAAGGAAGAGAAACACGUCCUGGUCGACGGCGCUCCUCUUCUCUCGCAGUCUGCGAUUCCCGCGUGGGCGCACUUUUGUUUUAAAUGCAGAGUGUAUCGAACCGUGCCCGCAGGCGGCGUGCUCGACUCCGCGAAGGCUGCAACGCGGAAAACGCUGUGGGAUGCCGGCGAGACGGGGCGUUCUUCACGGGGCCUGUCAAACAGAUCCGACGAAGAGCAAAAGACCGCGCAAGAGGAAGAAGAGGAAUACGCCCACCUUCUCCACGACGUCCUCACUGCUUACGGGGAAGUCUCGGAUUUGAACUACUUGGUCAGCUGUGAAGACAGUGUACAUACGCCUGAAGCUGCACAGACACCCCAGCCGGCAGGUGCACCUUCGGGUGUACAUACACCCGGGCCGAGCACGGACUGUGCGUCUUCGGAGUCCUUUUCCCCGGAGAAAAAAGCCAGGGCAGGCGCUUCUGCGGAGCACACUUUGGUUGACGCGCACAUGCUGGUUUCGUGCCAUGUCGGCCGGAAGGUUUGUGGCCACAAGGGCGUCGCUCACGGCGGAUUCAUCGCGACGCUCCUGGACAACUCCCUAGGCUACAUGGCGCAUUUUGUCUUCAAACGCGCGGCGACCAAGAAUCUGGAAGUCACCUUCCUUCGACCGCUGCUCGUGGACGCCUCUAUCGUCGUCGACGUCGGCAUCUCCAGUCACGAUCCCGAGAAAGGCGUCUGCACCGUCGUCGGCACAGUGUACGCACUCACGCCCCCGCAGCUCAGACACCUCGGCAAGCCGGGAGGGAACUCCGCGGGCUCGAGAAAAAAGGGAGAGGCGACGGCCGCCGACCAAGCCGAGAAACGCACACAGCCAAUCUCGAGCGGCGGAACCGCCGUUCCCGACGGGGUCUGGGUAGUCGCGACUGGGAAAGCUAUCAUGGUGGACGUGACGCAAAAGUGGAAAGGCAUAGAGUGA